UUGUGAGCCUGCCAGGUUUCUGGAAGCGAGAGAUUCAACCUCUGCAACAGGCUGUGGGCGGAAGGCGGAGCUCAGGGAAAGCCACUUCUCUGCAGAGGCCUGGCCUCGCUGGCUCCGCCACCCCUCCACCCGGGGGUUAGAAAUACGCGGCUGCGUCUGUAGCUGCUCGGACAGAGCCUACCUAGACUUGACUGACCGCCCAGACACAGCAGACCCAUCUACCCGCGCUAGGCUAGGCCAAUGGCUGACAGACUCUUGCAACGCAAGCCCUGGGGCGCGGCGAAGUCCGAGGACUUGUUUGACAAGCCUCCCCCGGAAAAGCCCUGCGUUCCCAGGUCGGGGUCGGCCGCUGGCAAAAAGGCACAGGGAGUCCGCGCGGGGCCGCCUCCGAGGGCCACGAGCACCCCGCCGGAAGAGGAGACGCCUCCCCUGGACGAGCGCUGCUAUCUCUACCAUUUUCCGCACCUCUCCAUCUUUAUCUACGCGGCCAUCGCCUUCUCUAUCACUUCCUGUAUCUUUACCUAUAUCCAUUUACAGCUUGCCUGAGUGGCCAGGGCGGGACGGGGUGUGUGCAGGGCCGACGGAGGAGGGAGGAUAAAAGGGCUCAGUAUGUGUUUUGAAGAUGCGCUGCAUCCCCUUCCUCUAACUUUCCAUGCUGUUUAUUUUCUUCUGUUGUUGCUUGCUUUGUCUAACUGUCCAUCCGUUACUGUAUCCGUCAGAAACGAAAUAACAGUGCUCUUUGCACCUGCAGGUGCAGGGACGAGGCCACAGAACUAACGUCUAGAAAACUGUGGUGUGAUUGAAUCUCGUUUAUAAUUAGGGUUAUGUCUCUGUACGCUUACUUUGCGAUGUGGGGACAUGCGCAGCUGAGAGCCCAGCAUUUCGUGUUUGGAGAGCGCAGAACAAGCCCAAUCUUCUGUUUCUUAAGGGACCCCCCCACCUUCCUGAAGGGGUCCUGCGGGGAGGGUUAGCACUCUGGAACCCUGUGACGCUGCACUGCCCCCAGAAGGAGCCAGCUGUGCUCGCAGCUGGCAAGCUCGGGCAGCAGUAAGGUCUGGUCAUGCUGUGGGUUCUUCUGAGGCUGGGCAAGGUGAGGCGUUUGAGUGCUGCGCUCCCCAGGUCUUUGAGUUUGACCCAGACUGUGCGCAUUUUCUUGCCUUAGCCUUUGUUGUCCUUACCAGAAGAGCCGUGCCUAGGACAUGUCCUGACCUCGUUGAACCUGCGGCUGCAGACCUCCAGGGACCGGGGCCCAGCUGGAACACUCCAAAGAAUGAGACUUCUUGUGGGAGGGUUGUACCUGGGGCCUGAGCCCUUCUGGAGCUUUGAGAAUCCAUAUGAAGAGGCCCAGGAAUGUCAGUAACAGAGUUUGUGCCGUGGGGGGUGUCAUCUCAGAUGUAAAAGGACUAACAGGAGCGCCCACCUGCCUUGUUUAUUCAUGAAUGUCAAAUGCGGCGCUUCAAUACUGCAUAUAUCUUAUGGAAAUGUCUGUAAUUGUGUUAGCCCUAAUGAAGGUACCUUAAGUACCUUUUAAUUCUCUUAUCAGUUACCCCUUAAUUUCCAGCUGUCUUACUUCCCUGUUGCUGGGACAAAUACCCAACACCCACAACUUACAGGAGAGAUUCUGGCUCAGUUACAACCCAUGGCCAGCUGGCUCCAAGACAGAAAGGCAUGGUGGAAGGGCCUGGGCAGAGGAAGAUAGCUCACAUCAUGGAGGCCAGAGAGCAGGGAGCAGGGAGAGGCCAGGGAGGUCAAUGUACCCUUUCAGCUCACCCACCAAUGACUCACCUCCCCCAACAGGCUCCAUCUCCUAAUAGCAAGUCAGCUAUAACCCCAUCACUUAAUUACCUUCCAAAAGCGCCACCUGUGAGCACAUGGGCCUUUGGGGUCAUUCGUGAUCUAAACCUUAACUCCCAACUGCACAAUGCACCUUUGUCAGACUUGCAGUCUGCUUCAAAUUUUACUCCAUAUUUUUACCCCUGUACUGGGAGGACUCACGGGCUUCAUACUGAGUUAUAUCCACAGCCUUUUUCGACAAGGCCUCCCUAAAUCGCCAAAUUGCCCAGGCUGAGCUCAAACUUGUGGUCCUCCUGCCUCAGUCUCCCCGAGUACUGAGAUUACAGGCGCAUGCCAUCAUACCCACUACCCCAUUAUCCUCCCAACAUCACCGUCCUUUCAAAACAGAUUUCACCCUUAUAGCUUGAGGCACAGUAUCUCCCUCUACUAGAGAACCCUUAAUGGCAUCUUUCACUGUAUUUCCUCAAAACAUACCAGCCUAAUUCAAUUGUCCGCUAACAGCAGAGCCGCCACCACUGUACUACUUACUUCUCUGUGGCAUUUAUGCACUUCUGGUUUAGCGCAGCUCAAAUAAGCUUUGGAAUUUGCUCCCUGGUUCAGCUAGCCCAGGCCUUUGUGUUUUCUAAUAGGGCCUUGUCGUUUCCAUUCUUACUUCCCAUAAUCCUGUAUUACCGAAUGCUUUGGUAUCUCAACCUUAUAUACUUUCAGUGCUAUGUGUAAGACACCAACUAUUCAUCAAUAUCAGCCUGUACUUCAGAGUUUACAAUAACUGCAAAUUAUGUCUCCAAGGCACCACAAAGGUUUCCACUUUUUAAUCUUGACCAUUGGAUCCUCUACUAAUCCUUAGUAUGGAUUCUCAUCGUAUCCCAGUGUCUGGUGUUCUUCAUUUGACCACCUUAUUUUCCAUUCAUAUAUCCUUUCUUAUCUCUCAUCUUACAAUCAUUUAAUCCCCCAAUAUCAUUGCCUAAUCUCUCCUGAUAGAAUCCUCCUCUUGGUUCCCAGAGCCAAAGUUCCUAUUCCUCACAUUACUGUACCGUAUCAUAGCCCUUCCUGUUCUCCCAAAUCUGGAUCUCCAUUUUCUACUCCUAAUUCAAAUACCUAUCUGGUUCUUUCAACUAUAUUAUUAAUAUACUGUUAAUGUACCAUUAAUAUAAUGUUGCUUCUACAAACUUAAAACUGGCUUUGCCAUUCUAAAUAUCCAGCUCUAUGCUGGAGAUGUCGUUUAUUGGUAGAACAAUUACCUACCAUAUGCAAGGCCCUGGGUUGGGUCCCCAGCACCACAAAAACAACUAAUAUUAAGACCCAUUUGACCCCCUUCGUUUCUCAAAUUCUCAUCGCUUCAGUGUUGUACUCUAUCCUUACAUUUUCCCCAUUUGCCAUCCUCAAACUUAAUCACUUUCUUUCCAUUCCCCACAUCCUCUCCCUAUUGGCCUACUACUUUGUUCUGUACCUGCUCACUUUCUUUGUAACUUCUGGUUGUACUGAGUUCUUUUGGUCUGUUUUUUUCUAAUACCAAAUUGCUACUACUCUCACACCAUUCUUUAGCAUCAUGUUUGGCCUGACCAAUUCUUAUCAUUUGUCCCAGAACAUGUGGUCACAUAUGCCUUCAUCAUUCACACAUUCCCUGGUGAUUGCUUCCCUAUACUGAGUUCUCAAUUGUCUUCUAACUGUUGAGCUUACAGUACGAGGUCUUCUCCAAAAUAUCAACCUUUUCCCUGUUUGCUCACUACUGAUGGAUAGCUUUUUAAGCAUCUGACCAUAAAAAUGAACAUGCCCACAUUUUGGGUCUUUAUGUCUUGUUGCUCUGUUCCAGGGUGCUGGAAGUAUAGCCCAGUGGUAUGGUAAAUGCUUAACAUGCACAAUGCUCUGUACCACCAUAACAAAACAAAAGUUAAAAAUUUAAGUCUUAUUGGCCUGGCUGAGACUAUAUGCCCACCUCUGGUCAAAAGGCAUUACGAGCUGGGCAUGGUGGCACAUGCCUGUAAUCCCAGCACUCAGGAGGCUGAAGCAGGAGGAUCGCUGCACAAAAGGCCAGUGAUGCUCUUGCCUCCCUUCUGAGUGCUGGAAUUACAGGCAUGCACUACCACACCUGGCUUCAAAACUAACUUUAGUAUGAAAAACAUUGAUAAAAAAAUCUAGUCAAGCCAGGCACAGUGGCAUAGCCCUAUAAUCCUAGUAUUCUGGGAGGCUGAGACAGAACUGCAAAAUCAAGCACUGUCUGGGUAACUAAGAGAAUUAGUUCAGACACUGUAGCUUCAGUGCAAAGUGUGUUCCAUUCCCAUUACAAAACAAAGAGAAAAAACCCUAAGAGUCAGUAAAUGUAAAUUUCA